UCCGAGGAGGGGAAAGCAGUUCCAGGCUGGGGGGGGGGGGGUACAGACUCUCUUUUGGACCGGGAGGAAAUUCCAGGCCGGCGCUUUCUUCUCCUGCCGCAGCAUCAAUAAUUUUCAUGCCUACCUUUGCUUUCGCGCGCCAGCCUUUCGCUCCCUCCGUGGACGGGGAGAGCCUUCCCUGCCCCGCUCCACAACUUCACAAGGUAAACUAGGACAACCCUAGUUCCGCAGUAAGCCUUUUGCUUUCCUACCGCUCGCGCCCCGCGUGUCUUUUACGCCCCAGCAAAACACCCGCUUGUGCUUCGCUUGGAUCCGGUUUUUAAAUCUCUUCCUCAAUUGUGAGGGUGGCGGUGGGGUUUUUUGUUGCUGUUUUUGGACGCCGGUGGCAUUUCCCCGACAGUUCAUCUGCUCGCGUUGGUUGCAGCAGAGCCUUCCUGUGUGUAGCCGUGCUUUGCAGCUGCCGUUGUCUCCGGUCCGGGGAAAGGAGGGGAAGGCGGGGUGUGUAGGCUUUCUGAUCGCGCGCAGGCAGCCUCCCGCCCCGGGUGCCGCAGUCUCGAUAGAGACCAUGCCUGUCUGGCAAAGAAUAUGGUGCCUCCCCGGCCCGCGUCCUCCGCCGCCCGCCUCGGCCUGCCCGGGCGCAUUCAUUGGUCUCCUCCCCGCAGGCUGAGCCCAUCUCGGGCUCUGGAUCUUCUCCGGCGAGGCGACAACGCCGCUGCUCCGGCCACUGGAGCCCAGUGAGUGCCCUCCUACUCGCCGCCGCUUAUGCAACACAUCAUCGAAAACCAUCCGGACAUGGCAACGGCGCUGCUGGCUGGGGAGAAACUUAAGGAGCUGAUCCUGCCGGGGCAGCAGGACGACAAGGCGGGCUCGCUGGCCGCGCUCCUCCUGCAGCUGAAGCUCGAGCUCCCUUUUGACCGCGUGGUCACCAUCGGCACCGUCCUCAUCCCGAUUCUCCUGGUCACGCUGGUCUUCACCAAGAACUUCGCCGAGGAGCCCAUAUACUGUUACACACCACACAACUUCACCCGGGAUCAAGCCUUGUAUGCCAGAGGAUACUGUUGGACAGAGCUAAGAGAUGCAUUGCCAGGUGUAAAUGCCAGCCACUGGCCUUCCUUGUUUGAGCAUAAAUUUCUUCCAUAUGCCUUGCUGGCUUUUGCUGGCAUUAUGUACAUUCCAGCCCUUGGGUGGGAAUUCUUGGCUUCUACCAGACUGACUUCCGAACUUAACUUUUUGCUCCAGGAGAUAGAUAACUGCUAUCAUCGAGCAGCUGAAGGCCGUGCACCAAAAAUCGAAAAACAAAUCCAGUCAAAAGGUCCAGGGAUAACAGAACGUGAAAGAAGAGAAAUCAUUGAGAAUGCAGAGAAGGAAAAAAGCCCUGAGCAAAACCUGUUUGAAAAAUAUCUGGAGCGCAGAGGGCGUAGCAAUUUCUUAGCCAAGCUUUACUUGGCAAGGCAUCUCUUCAUCAUUUUUUUAAGCAUCAUCCCCAUCACAUACUUGUCCACCUAUUAUGCUACACAGAAACAAAAUGAAUUCACAUGUGCUCUAGGAGAGCCUCCAGACAAAACAAGCAAUUCCAAAUUGCUCAUACGGGUAAAUUGCAAGCUGCCCUCUGUUCAGCUGCAACGCAUAAUCGCUGGAGUGGACAUUGUCCUCCUUUGUUUCAUGAACUUGAUCAUCCUCAUCAAUUUAAUCCACCUUUUCAUAGUCCGCAAGUCUAAUUUCAUAUUUGACAAGCUGAACAAGGUUGGCAUAAAGACCAAGAAACAGUGGCAGAAAUCUCAGUUCUGUGAUAUUAAUAUCCUGGCCAUGUUCUGCAAUGAAAAUCGUGAUCACAUCAAGUCUCUAAACCGCUUGGAUUUCAUUACCAAUGAAAGCGAUCUGAUGUAUGACAAUGUUGUGCGUCAGUUGCUGGCGGCUCUAGCCCAGUCUAAUCAUGAUGUUACCCCAACUGUACAUGAUUCUGGAAUACAAACAAUAGACCCCAGCAUUAACCCUACAGACCUUGACCCUAAUGAGCCACUAAUUAUCAAGCGUCCUCGGAAGAAAAUGAAGUGGAUCCCAAGUACCAAUCCCCUUCCUCAGCCAUUCAAGGAGCAGCUAGGUACCAUGAAGGUUGAAAACAGCAAACCUGAGAAGCCAAAGCCAGUGCGUCGGAAGACAGCAGCCGAUAGUCUGAUUGCACCUUUGCUGGAGACCAACUCAAAACAUACCCAACCAUCCUCCAUUCACAAAACUGAAUCUAGUACUCUGUCCAGCACAGGUAAUGAAAAGAAGCAUACGCGUCACUUUUCCUUAGAUGUUCAACCAUAUAUAUUGAGUAAUAAGAAACCCAAGCAAGAAAUUCCAUCCAAUACAUCUAUGGCAACAUCCAAAAACCAAGAGAGUGGAUUCUUAAACCAAGAAGACAAAGCCAUAGUUCGUGUCACUUCUUCUCUCAAAGAUUCUUCCCUUCCUGGAAAAGAGUCCCUUUAUUCCCGUGAUACCUGCAGGACAGUGCCUGCAACAGGGGUUUUUCUCACCUGUACCCAUAACCAUAUAGCAACAAAAGUCUCUCUACCCCAGACUACUGAGGUAGAAUCAGGGCCUGUCCUGAAUUGCAACCCUGUGCAUCCACUUCUGCACAUCAAUACGCUAUAUGAAGAUCAUGAAGAAGAGGGCUCAAACCUUAUAGAUGAUUCUUUAGACAAUAGAAUUCACUCUCCAUCAGAAAACGGAGACAUCAUUUCUAUGCCUUCCACAAAACAAAUCAUGUUGGCAACUUUUGAUGAGCCCUUGGCAAUAGUGAAUUCGGUAGAAUAUUGAUGCACAAUCCAGAACUGCUGUUAAUCAAACCUUGAACCUGAUGUUCCACCCACAGCAGUACGAACCUUAUUCUCCCACAAACUACUGCAUGAGCAUGGAGUGCUGAAAUACAGACCACAGGUUACUCCACAUCGGUUAUUCAGGGUAGUGUCUUGGCUAAUGUCAAUAGCUUGCAAAAUAUGACAAUAAUAAUAAGCCAAACAAAUUAUUCUAUGCUUGGAAACACAUGCAAUAAAGCACAAGAAAUAUUAGCUGUACCUUCAAGAAAUCACUUUGGAUUACUACAACUAUCCAAAAUGUUUGAAGUGCUUAAAUGCAUGUCACACCGUGUUUCUCAAAGCACAUACCGCCUUGAAAUUCCAGCUCACUAUAUAAAGUAGCAACAGACGUAAAUGUGUAGGAUAUUUAUUCUUCCCUUUUAAAAACAAUGCAGCUGUAAAAUUGUGCUUUGUCUCCCUAAGAUUUUUUUUAAAAAAUAAUUUUUUAAAUAAUGAAAUUGUGUUUCACGGGUAUCCAUGGCUCCCUCCCAUCGCUGACAUUAGUAUAAAGAAGAAAUCAGGAGCUGGACCUUAAUCAUUACUAUGUUUUUAUGUGCCAAGAGAUGAUGAAAAUUAAGAGUUUAUUUUUUUAUCACCUAUUUUAUUGUGAAUGAGAGUUUUUGAAUCAGAUACUAUCUUUCCAGAGUGUGGGAAGAGGGUUGCCUAUUGCUGCAUAUUUUUGUCAAUUGAGUGAGGUUUAUAAAACCAGGUUAAAAAUUUUCUAUAAUAAAGCUUUACAGAUGUGAAGAAUAUUCAAAUAGUGCUGCUAAAAUAUUACAAAUAAGUUAAUUUGCAAUGAUACAGAAUUUUAGAAGUUGGAUACUUAAAUCUUUUUUAGGACUUGCCUUCACUACAGCAUAACACAAGCAAAUACAGGCUUUUGAUACAUCUAGCAUGUUAUGAUUUAUUCCAAUGGUUGCUUCUUGGAAUCCUGUUAAAAAAAGCUGGCUCAAACAUGCAAAAGAAUGAUGUAGUACAAACGAAAGCAUUUUUUCUAGGAAAAUUAAUGCAAUCAAUGAAGUGACCUUUCAGAAGUUCCUUCAGAUAUCUGCCAUUUUUUUUUAAAUUGUCUGCCCCAUUGUCCCCAAAAUAAGGUAAGGAUGAAGUAGCAUGGAAGUUGCAAAGUUGAGGCCACUUUACUGCCACUGUGGUUAGUGAGCUUCAUCCAAGAAGGUAUGGAGAAAUUUCUCCUUCCACUUGAGAAAUUUUGUCCAUGAUAGAAGUUCAGGUGGCUGAAUGUGUAAGUUCUAGGCAGGCUUUACAUGAUACAUAAGGAUUUGUUUUAGAAUAAUUCCCCUUUUAUUAAAAGACUUCCUAUAUGAAAUUUAAUAGAAGUCUAUUAAUUCAGUUCUUACCCUGAAAAGCCAGAGGCUGAUAGGAAGUAUAAGAUUGCUUUGUGUAUAAAUUCUAAUCAAUUUUUGACAUUAUUAACUGAGAUUCAAAUUUAUAAUUGUUAUGGAUCCAUGUAAAUUAAGUUCAUCCUGGAAUUAGAUAAUGAAAUUAACUACUCAAAUUCGCAAGUCUGAGUUGACAGUAACUUCUAGAUUUACAAACUGGUCACCAUAUCAAGAAGAGCUGCCAGUUUAAUGGAGUGUGAUACAAGCCUGCCCCAAGAUAUUUGAAAUGUAUCAAAUGUUUGAAAAUGCAUCUAUUGUUGUUUGAAAUGCUUUUUGCAAAUAUCUACCAUUGCUAUCUUCCCAUCUCCUAGCUGUUUAGCAUCCUUCAAAAAGCAAUUUUUUUGCUUCUCUUCCCAUCUUCCCAAACGGGAUCUGCAUUUCCUUUAAAAGUGCUCAAGGGAAGACCCAUUAGCAGUUAAAAUGAUGUAUUUCAAAAAGGAAGAAAAUAUUAGCUAAGGGCUACAGAUAUUCAGGGGAGUUCUCAACAGGAGGUAGAACAAAAGUGGGCUUUAAAUAGAAGACCUCCUAACUUACCUGUAUUGGUUUUUGAUUGGACCUUUCAUAAGCCAGUCAUCAUCCAGUAGUACCUCUUAAGGGGGGAAGGAUUGGUAUCAAUAGAAAUCAAGAUAAAGGUUGCAUAACACAAUUGAAAUCCCACUCCUUUGGAAUACAAAUUGACAUUGCAUAUAUAUAAGGGCAAGGCUUCAUUCCUGCUUUUGCAACUGCCAUUUUGACUUUUUUUUAACUCCUCCCAGAUGCCUUUGGUAAGAGCCCAUUCCAAGCAAAAAUGGAAGAAAAGACAAUCCAGCUCAAUAACUACCACAAACACAAUUUGGGUGUUAUCUCCAUAUGAUUCUAUUCUUCCUUUUUUCUCCAGUAUAGGUAUUACAGGUCAGCUUCUGAUUAAGCAGUUUCCACUAAGCACAUGCCUGUGUUAAGCUGUCAGAUGGUGAAGUCUAAUGUAGCAGAUUACUUUAUGAUUUCCUGAGCUUUAAACAUAGGUGUAGCAUUUAAAGCUAAAACCACAAACUUGUGCACGAUCAAAACUCAGUUUUAACAGUGUAUAUUUUAAAGAUGAAACAACAUACCUACCAGCACUUUCCUAUUUCAGACCGUACAUUAAAGAGAUGAGAAUGUAGUAAGCAUUGUUUUCAUACAAUGUUUACCUUGCUUGGCCUAAAGUGCAUCCUUAUGGCAUAUUUCUUCCUAUGAUGUGAUGUUCUUAAGAAUAGUGUGAUUUUCAAAAAGCACAUUGGAAAAACUAGUACGCAAUAACCAUUCUUUAUCAGUUUUCAGCAAAAGAGAAGUUUUUAAUACUAUUGAAGUGACAUGGAAGGAAAUAUGACAUUUCUGUUUGAUGGUUAUGAAACAAUGCUGCAUAAAUUUAUAGGUUUAGAUUCUUGAUUGUUAGUUUAUUUUACCUCAGUAUGAUACAGUAUUUAUUGAAAAUAGCACUGAAAGCAA